AUGAAGUCUGUCUUUUCUAUCACCCUCGUUUCCUUGCUGUUCAAUGCCGGGACUGCCCUUGCUGGGCCGGCUCUAGCUGAGGAUCAAGUUCUGUCACCAAGAUAUGCUAUGCUUCGAAAGCGUGCAGAGUGUGGUCCUGGGAUUGGAUCGUGCGACGAUGGGUCCUGCUGUUCAGAGAGUGGCUUCUGCGGCACAACCGAAGAGUUUUGCGGUGGUUCAAGCUGCCAGCUCGAAUACAGCGACUCCUGUGAUACUUUCUUUGGACCAGAUGGGAGCAGCACGGAAGACAUCCCUCGACCAAACCUCGAGAACGUGCCCUACGGCAGUAUCAUCAGAACCUGCACAACCCCUGGUGUGAUUGCCCUGACGUUUGAUGAUGGCCCGUACACCUACACCAACGAGAUCUUGGACGUGUUGGACGAGUAUGAUGUCAAGGCAACCUUCUUUGUUGCCGGAAACAACAGGGGAAAGGGGCACAUCGACGAUCCGUCUAACCCGUGGGCUGCCAUCCUGAGACGCAUGUAUUCAGCAGGCCAUCAUAUCGCUAGCCACACCUGGACUCAUCGCAAUCUCAACGAAGUCAACAGCACCAUCAGACGAACGGAGAUGAUCUACAACGAGAUGGCCUUGCGCAACAUCUUUGGGUGGAUCCCUACGUACAUGCGACCCCCUUACCUGGAGUGCAUCUCUGGAUCCGGGUGUCUCGAUCUGAUGGAAGAGCUUGGCUACCACGUCGUCAAUAAUAAUAUCGACACCAAGGACUAUCAGUAUGGCAGCCCGGAUCUAAUUCACUUUGCCAAAGACAGGUACUCUGACGGCGUGUCCUCUGAUUCGGACAACAAUGGGUACAUUGUGCUUGCCCACGAUGUCCACGAGCUGACUGUCACCGAGUUGACUGCCUACAUGAUCGAGACAGCGCAGGAUCGUGGGUACAGAUUAGUGACAGUCGGAGAGUGCCUUGGAGAUCCCAAGGAGAACUGGUAUCGAACUGCGCCCCGAGGCCGCGACUACACAGCUGUCCCUACGUCCUCUACCAAGGCCUCGCAACCCACCUACACAGUUGAGCCGACGGGUGGCCUCAAGAUUUCGCCCAACCAGACUUGUGGUGGCAGUACGGGCUACACAUGCCAAGGAUCUCGAUUCGGUAACUGUUGCUCCUGGUAUGGCUACUGCGGUUCGAGCGACCCAUACUGCGGAACUGGCUGCGACGCCGACUUUGGGUCGUGCAAGCCUCCCAGUGGCGAGAUCCACGACACCACCAACGGCCUCUGCGGAUCCAAGUUCAAGGCAACCUGCGCCAAUUACGGGUCUCAGAAGUGUUGCUCUCCGUACGGAUUCUGUGGCAGCAGUGACGAGCACUGCGGCAAGGGCUGCCAGGAGGGCUUUGGGAAGUGUUACUGA